UCUGAAAAGAUGAAUGACGUAAGGAAACUGGUGCAAGACUUAAAGCCUGUAUUUCUGAUGGUAUCGGUGCAAAUUGCAUACUCUUCCGUGAAUGUGCUCUAUAAGCUCGCCAUAAAUGAUGGAAUGAGCAUUAGGGUAGUCACUGCCUACCGCCUAAUGUUCGCAGUAGUUUUCACUUCUUCUCUUGCUCUUAUUUUCGAAAGAAAGAGCAGGCCAAAGCUGACAUGGAGGGUGCUUUUCAUGUCAUUCUUUAGUGGCUUAUUUGGUGCAAGUUUAUUUCAUAACCUAUUCCUCGAGGCAUUGGAUUUGGUGUCAGCAACAUUCGCUACUGCUGUUUAUAAUCUCGUUCCUGCAGUCACUUUUAUAUUGGCCAUCUUGUGCGGCAUGGAAAAGUUAAAUGUGCGAACCGCAGCAGGGAAGGCCAAGGUGAUGGGAACAAUAAUAGGAAUUGGUGGGUCAAUGUUGCUGACAUUUUUCAAAGGGCAAGAGAUUAACGUUAAGAGUUUCGGUACUAAUCUUUUGCAAAAGAAUGAGCAGGUAGUAGCUUUGCAUACUGACUCUGGUAAAAAAUUUCUGGGAGUUUUGUGUGGUUUUGGAAGCUGCUUCAGUUUUGCAUUAUGGCUCAUCAUUCAGUCCAAGAUGAGUAAAGAAUACCCAAGUCAUCACUCAAGUACUGCAUUGAUGUCCUUGAUGGCUGCAAUACAAGCCACGGCCUUUGCCCUUUAUGUUGAGAAGGAUUGGAGCCAGUGGAAGUUGGGUUCGACUAUUAGGAUUCUAACUGUGGCUUAUACGGCAAUUGUGGCCUCCGGAUUAGUGGUUAUUGUCAUUGCAUGGUGUGUACGGAUGAGAGGCCCAAUGUUUGUAUCUGUUUUCAACCCUCUUAUGCUUGUGCUUGUGGCUGUGGCUGAUUCCUUGAUGUUUGGUGAAAAUUUAUAUGUAGGAAGUGUAAUGGGAGCCAUGCUAAUUGUGGGUGGCUUGUACAUGGUUCUAUGGGGUAAGAGCAAAGAAAUGAAAAAGGCGAAUCUGUCGGUCUCAUCAGAAAUCAACCAAGAGCAUGAAGCAACUGAAGUUGUUGUCAUGUCCACAACAAUAAAUGAUGAUAAUUGUGACCGCGUUAACAAUACCGACGCCAAUUGUAAAAGCAAUAUAGUUGCCAAGGUUUCUUGAAGAAGAUCCUUUGGAGUGGACAUUGAAAAUUACCAGCUAGCUAGAAGACAUGCCUUCAGGGAAAGCCUCAACUUAAUUAAAGCCGUUGUUGUUAAUAGUGAUAUUAUAUG